AUGAAGAAGCAGAAAAUAAAUGAAGAGAGAGAGUUCAGUCAUAUAGGAGAAGCAUUUGCAGAGGCCGAAGAAAGAAAUAACGCCAAAAUUCCACAAGAGCCAGACAACAACAGAAACACAAACACCACGGAAACAGAAGAAACCAGAGAUACACUGGAACCAGAAAUGACGAAUAUACCAGAACCGCAAACAACCGAAACGCCAGAGCAAAACACAACGCCUCCUCCUGAAACCGUUAGUGUUUAUGACUAUUUCGAAACAAAAUUGGCAGAUGAAGACCGAAAUUUAAUUGGACUUGUAAAUGAAGACCAUGUAGACAGCCAGCGGAAGUUCAUUAAAUAUGGUUUUCUUAAAAGUAAACUUGAAGAAAUUUAUCCGCAAAAUCAAGAUUCCCAAAAUGACAAUCCCUCCCCUAAUGGAGAUGGGCUUUCUCAGACUAGAAAAAAUGCUAUUCAAACCAUUACCGCUGCUCUAAAUCUAGAACCCGCAGAUGAAAUUAUUAAUGAUUUUGCAAAAAAAAUGUUGUCGGCUAUUGGGAGCAAACGAAGAGAGAAGCAGACCAGUCAAAAAGUAAACGAUAAUGUAAAUGAUAUGAAAAAUAAAACUGGUGAGCAGUUAAAUGAGAAAAUAAAAGAAAAUGAUGAAGCAUCCGAUACCAAAGCCUACCAGGAAAAGAAAGAGGAAAUUGAAACUCAAAAAAAACGGUCUGCUUUGGAAAGUCCUGACAAAUAUCUUCGGAAUGUUGCUAUUCCAGGAAUUGAAAACUUAAUGACAAAAAACGAUAUUAAAGAAGACGAGUUAGAUGAUGACACAAAAAAAGAUUGA